AGGUCACUUCCUGCGUGGUGGGUAGCUUCCUGUGGCGUUUUCAGCCUCGCUCUCUUUUUGCUGCCUGCCCGCCGCCAUCAUGGGUCGCAUGCAUGCUCCGGGGAAGGGCCUGUCCCAGUCGGCUCUGCCCUAUCGCCGCAGCGUCCCCACCUGGCUGAAGUUGACGUCUGACGACGUAAAGGAGCAGAUUUACAAACUGGCCAAAAAGGGCCUGACUCCCUCACAAAUCGGUGUGAUCCUGAGGGACUCACAUGGUGUUGCACAAGUACGCUUUGUGACAGGGAAUAAAAUCUUGAGAAUCCUUAAGUCCAAAGGACUUGCUCCUGAUCUUCCUGAGGAUCUCUACCACUUAAUUAAAAAAGCAGUUGCUGUUCGAAAGCAUCUUGAGAGGAACAGAAAGGUAAGAAUAAAUAAAGGCCUGGUGUUAAGUAGAACCAUUUGUACUAACUUAUUUCAAUAUAAUAUAACACAUCUGAUUUGA